UUCUUUGGAUCUUUCAAUAGUCUAUGUUAUGGUAUUUUGAGAUAACAUGUUUUCUUAAACUUUGAGUGACUUUUUAACAUAUUUAUAAAAAGAAUUAAAAUGAAAGUCAUGCGUUGUUGUGUCUUUUUAAAUUAUGUCGUGCUUACUGUUUUUUGCAUUAAUGACGAGACUUUUUUAUGGAAAAACAUCAUGGAUCACAGAGAUUAUAACAAAUAUAUUAGGAAGCCAAUUGUGAAUAAAAGCGAACCAGUAGAGGUCGAAAUUGAAAUUGCGCUAUAUACAAUUCAUUCAUUAGACAUGAAGGAUCAAAUCCUGACAACAUCACUUGGUAUAAGUAUGUCAUGGACAGAUGAAUUUUUGACGUGGAAUAAUAGUUUGAAUGGAGAAACAAAUGAAAUAUCGGCUCCAAUAUCAAAGAUAUGGAAGCCUGAUGUGUUUUUGAGAAAUUAUGCAGAAAAAUCAAAUAUUUUUGACGAUAAUGAUAAACGUGUAAAUAUCUACAGUAAUGGACUGGUAGAGUGGCAUGAUGAUAUUGAAGUGAAAACCUAUUGCUUUGUCGAUUCAACAAGAUACCCGUUUGAAACUGAGAACUGUAAAUUACACUUUUCAGCCCAACAUCUUAAUAGCAAGGAACAGAUGUUAACCAUUCGGUUGCCAGAUAAUUUUCUGAAUCUAUUUAAAUCGAAUGGUGAGUGGCAUAUAUCUAAACCUGACAAAAUAAGGAAUUAUACAACAAUUGUACAUUUUAAUGGAAGAAACUUCUCUUCAGUGGUUUUACACAUAGAAAUGGAUCGCAGACAAACAUAUUACGUAUGGAAAUUUUUUGUUCCAACUAUAUCAAUUACAUUGAUAAAUAUUGUAACAUUUUUCCUACCAGUGAAUAGCGGAGCCAAAGUCACGUUAUCAACAUUUGUUUUAUUGGGUUUUACAGCAAUGAUUGAGUUAUUUAACGAAUCUUUACCAAGCAGUUCUGACAAGAUUUCUUAUUUUGGAAGUUUAUUGUGGUGUUUACUUGGUAUAAGUGGACUCAUUCUCACAGUAAAUGUCAUUAUUACUGUAGUCUUUAAAUGUGGUGCUUGUGAAAGAUUUUGUUCAAUAUUGAACUGUGAGAAGGAAGGGAACAAUAUGAACGAAGGUCAUGCUACGACCCAUAUGCACACAGAAACUCUUUGUUCUUCAGGAAUAUGCCCAACGAGCUGCUUUGCAAAAGAAGGGGACAACAGGGCUACAAAACAAAAGUAUAUACCAUCGCAAGACAACCAAACCCAACAGGGGAUUACUACAACGAGCUUCAGUAAAAUAAAAGAGGAUAUAGAGGGAGCAGAACCGCACACGGAACCACUGACGGAACAUAGUUCGCGUCCGGAAAGUGAAAUCAUCCACAUCUACCUCUUGUAUCUAAGGACACAUGUUUCCUUAGUUAGGAGCACAAGGAGAUGAUUCUACGAAAUUGAUUGCGAAAAACAAAAAGAAGGAAAAAGAAAUCAUUAAAGAUGACACCAAAGAAAAUGAAAGUACAAUAAGAAGGAAACAAAAGCGUCUUAAAUGUUGUUUAUGUUAUGUAGUUUGUUUUUUUGUGAUGUUGACACCAUAUAUAAUUGCAUAUGUUUAUUUUAUCGUAAAACUUUUUGUUGGAAGGGAAAAUGAAAAUGUUGCAUAAGAAGGUUUUACCAGUUUCAUUGCACAAAAAACACAUCCUACAUUGUAAUUUACAUUUAAGGUAUAUAUAACAAUAGUGCGUCUAA